GUCGUGCAUUACUAGUCCAUUAGUUUAAACGGAGGAGGACAUCUCUUCUCCAGUAUUUGCUAAAAAUAGAUAGUCGGGUUACACCAGCUUUUCAACUACUUGCCCUUAUUCCUAUUUAUAUAUACUCCUCUCGUCUUUCUUUACUGCGAUCCUCCUCGAAAUCUUUUUCUUCUCCCUUCUCCAUGGGUAGUGUUUUUGAGAUAGAUACGUCGGUGCCUAAGAAGGGGAAGGAGAUGAAGAGUAAGGAAGCAGACUUGGAAGAGGAGAGGAUAGACGACGAUGAGUUAUCGCCAGUCGAACAAGUCCGCCUGACGGUGACCAACACCGACGACCCAUCCCUUCCAGUAUGGACUUUCCGAAUGUGGUUUCUAGGGAUAAUUUCUUGUGCUCUUCUCUCUUUCCUGAACCAGUUCUUCUCGUACCGUACAGAACCCCUUUACAUAACCCAGAUCACAGUUCAAGUAGCCACUCUUCCCAUCGGCCAUUUCAUGGCUUCUGUAAUUCCCAGUUCCAAGUUUCGGAUUCCUGGGUUUGGGUCGAAGGAAUUCUCUUUCAAUCCAGGGCCUUUUAAUAUGAAGGAACAUGUGCUCAUCACCAUAUUCGCCAACGCUGGUUGCGCUUUCGGCAAUGGAACUGCUUACGCCGUCGGCAUUGUUAACAUUGUUAAGGUUUUCUAUCAUAGGAACAUCUCCUUCAUCGCCGGUUGGUUACUCAUUAUCACUACACAGGUACUCGGAUACGGUUUUGCGGGGCUACUAAGAAAGUACGUGGUUGAACCGGCCCAUAUGUGGUGGCCCAGUACUCUCGUUCAAGUUUCUCUCUUCCGGGCUCUGCAUGAGAAAGAAGAGGUUCGCUUGUCAAGGGCAAAGUUCUUCUCCAUUGUAUUCGUUUGCAGCUUCUGCUAUUACACUCUCCCUGGAUUUCUCUUCCCAACACUGACAAGCAUCUCAUGGGUUUGCUGGGCAUUCAAAAACUCCGUUACUGCACAGCAGAUUGGUUCAGGCAUGUCUGGUCUAGGACUUGGGGCAUUCUCCUUAGACUGGGCCGGAGUGGCUUCUUUCCUCUUUAGCCCUUUAAUCAGUCCUUUCUUUGCCAUCGUUAAUGUCUUCGCCGGUUACGUCUUGAUCCUCUACUUAGCCAUGCCCAUAGCUUACUGGGGUUUUGACUUGUAUGGCGCCAAGAUGUUUCCCAUAUUCUCUUCUCACUUGUUCCAAUCCAAUGGCCAACGAUAUAACAUAUCAGCCAUUGUUAACAAGAAUUUUGAGCUUGAUAUCCCCUCAUAUGAAAAGCAAGGACGGAUCAAUCUCAGCAUGUUCUUUGCUCUAACCUAUGGUUUUGGUUUCGCCACUAUAGCUUCCACCCUCACUCAUGUGGGCUUAUUUUAUGGAAGGGACAUCUAUCAUCAAUACCGUGCUUCUCAAACGAGGAAGAUGGAUAUCCAUACUAGAUUAAUGAAGCAGUACAAGGACAUACCCCAAUGGUGGUUUUACCUGCUACUUUCAGCAACUAUUGUGGUCUCUCUUGUGCUUUGCACAGUGCUGAAGGAUCAAGUUCAAAUGCCGUGGUGGGGUCUCAUCUUUGGUGCUGCCCUUGCCUCCAUAUUCACCCUUCCCAUCAGCGUCAUAACAGCCACAACGAAUAUGACACCGGGGCUUAACAUCAUCACAGAGUAUUUAAUGGGUAUUAUCUUACCAGGAAGACCAAUUGCCAAUGUUGUUUUUAAAACAUAUGGUUAUAUGAGCAUGUCACAAGCUGUCUCCUUCCUCAAUGACUUCAAAUUAGGCCACUACAUGAAGAUACCUCCAAGAUCUAUGUUUUUAGUUCAGUUCAUUGGGACCGUAAUAGCUGGAACAGUCAACAUCAUUGUGGCAUGGUGGCUACUGCAUUCUAUCCCUAACAUUUGCAACGAUGACCUUCUCCCUCCCAACAGUCCAUGGACAUGUCCAAACGACCGUGUCUUCUUCGAUGCAUCAGUCAUUUGGGGUCUGGCCGGACCCAAAAGGAUUUUUGGUACACUUGGAAACUAUGAAGCACUCAAUUGGUUCUUCAUAGGAGGUGCCUUAGGUCCUGUCUUGGUUUGGCUUUUGCACAAAGCAUUCCCUAAACAGUCCUGGAUUCCUUUAAUCAACCUUCCAGUCCUUCUAGGAGCAACUGCUUUGAUGCCACCAGCGACGGCUAUGAAUUACAAUUCGUGGAUCUUUGUUGGGACAAUUUUCAAUUUCUUUGUAUUCCGGUACCAGAAGAAAUGGUGGCAAAGAUAUAACUAUGUUCUGUCCGCAGCUCUAGAUGCUGGGUUGGCUUUCAUGGCUGUGCUUCUUUACUUCACAGUGACAAUGGAGAAUAAAUCUAUCACUUGGUGGGGUUCGGAAGGAGAACACUGUGAUUUGGCUUCUUGCCCCACUGCCAAGGGUGUGGUGGUUGAUGGCUGUCCUGCCUACUGAAGAACUAUUAACCAAAAAUUCUCUUCUUCUGCUCCCCUUCUCUCUACCGUCAAUAUGUAUGUAUUUCUUUACUCUAUUUUACUCUGCAAUUUUAGUAAGCUAUCAAAUCAUUGUACACAUGAAUUAAAUUAAGUUGAGAUUAGGAAGUUGAAGACAACUAAAGAACCAUUUGAAAGGUAAUUUAAUUUUUAGAUUUGAGAUUGGAAGUAAUGCCCAUGACCUCUAUAUUUAUAAUUGAUCUA